CACACUAUUUAGAACAUUGAGUACAGAAGAGUCAUUCAACAAGGGACUUCAUCCAGCGUUUCUCAUCUUGUUACAUAUCUUUAAAUAUACAAAAACUAUUCAAGUUGUAUUAGAUGCCUCAAAAGUCUCGGGCAUUUUGACUGAAAGAAGAGCAGAACUUGUUUUGUUCAGGAUACUGACAUGGGAGUGCAGAUAAUUAUAUUCACGCUACAAAUAUUUACUACAGUCAUGUAGUUGAGACUUAAAUAAGAAACAGUGUUGAGCUUUAGAUGAUCGACGCUUUUAAAUUGAGUUUGUUACAGUGUAACCACUGUGCUACUAAGGAUAAUCGUACUUUGCAAUCCUUAAAGUCAAACUGGCGAGUUAUUGACAAGACAUUUAGUCAGCGUAGGUUGCUUUCUCUAAAUAUUCACGGAAUCGCGGUGCCUGCAGACAUGGGAUCAAUCAAGCCUGGUGGUGUAAUAACCUACAUCUCUUCUGGCUCCGCCUCCAGCCCGGAGUCCUGUUUGAGUGACAGCUGCAGCAGCAGCUACCUGUGCUCCUCUCCGCCUCAUCCCUCACUGCCAAGCCGGGCAGUAGGAAUCAUGGUGGACGUCGCCCGCGCUACAACAGCCAAGCACCCACGUAGCCGCGGCACAGAGAAGACUGGGCGAUCUACCUCCGCCAAGAGCAGCAUCACCAAGAUCAACGGCAUGGUGUUGUUGUGUAAGGUGUGCGGCGACGUGGCCUCAGGGUUCCACUAUGGCGUCCACGCCUGCGAGGGCUGUAAGGGUUUCUUCAGGAGGAGCAUCCAGCAUAGCAUCCGGUAUAAGAAGUGUCUGAAGAUGGAGAACUGCACCGUCAUAAGGAUCAACAGGAACCGCUGUCAGCAGUGCCGCUUCAAGAAGUGUCUGGCUGUGGGCAUGUCUAGAGACUCUGUUAGGUUUGGCCGCAUCCCAAAGAGAGAGAAGCAGCGCAUGCUGCUGGAGAUGCAGAACGCCAUGAACAACAUGAUGAUGAACAACAACAGCCAGCUCCACGGCACCCAGAGUCCACCCUGCCCCAUGGGAGGGCUCCCCGAUGACGGCAGCUCCUCUUCCUCUGCCUCGUCUUCCUCAUCUAUCUCGUCUUCAUCAGGCUCCAACCCUUCCUCACCCCGUUCCGCUCCAGACUCCAUGGAGACCGGCUCUAGCUCCGCCUCUUCCUCUUCGUCGGAUAGCGGCGAUGACGAGGUUCCUCCUUCCAGGGUGUGUCACCGGGGCACAUUCUCGUACCGCCGUGAGCAGCAACAGUCCAUCAAAGAGGAAGCGGAGGAGUCACCUUCGCCGGUCGCCGGGGAAACUGUAAAAGACAGGAGAGACAGCCGCAUGGAGGAACUGCAGGAGAGCUGGAACCGCUGCAACGAAGGCGCCAGGGGUUACCAGCCUAGUUGCAACAGCCAUCAACGCGUCACCAACGGUCCCUGCCGGGAAGAGAGAGUUGUUUACCAGCAGCAGCCUGCGCAGCUAAACGGCGACCCCAGUGGCCGCAUAGCAGAAGACUCCUACAGCCUCCAUCACAGGAGCCACAACACAAUGCACAAUGUACAGACCGUCUCCAAUGGUUACAGUGGACCAUCAUACAGCCUACAGGACCACAAGACAAACUUGGUCAUUCCUAGUCUCUAUGUGGACCCCAGCCAGCGCAGCCAGGAGAUCUGGGAGGAGUUCUCCCUGAGUUUCAUCCCGGCCGUGCGCGAGGUGGUGGGGUUUGCCAAGAGGAUCCCGGGUUUCCGAGACCUCCCGGAGUACGACCAAGUCAGCCUGCUCAAAAACGGAACGUUUGAGGUGCUUAUGGUGCGCUUCGCCUCAUUGUUCGACGUGGCCGAGCGCACCGUGACCUUCCUGACGGGGAAGUGUUACAGCUUGGAGCUGCUGCGCUCGCUGCGGGCCGGGGAGCUGCUCACCUCCAUGUGUGACUUCAGCGAGAAGCUGGCCGCUCUGCAGCUGGACAAGGAUGAGAUGAGCCUCUUCGUUGCCGUCGUCCUCGUCUCCGCCGAUCGUUCGGGGAUCCAGGACUUGAAGUCAGUGGAGGCGCUGCAGGACACGCUGAUCCGAGCGCUGCGGAGUCUGAUCAUGAAGAACCACGCCAACGAGACUACCACCUUCACCAAGCUGCUGCUGAAGCUGCCCGAACUGCGCUCCCUCAACAACAUACACUCUGAAGAACUGCUGGCCUUCAAUGUGCACUUGUAAUGGGGCACUCACAAUAGGGCUCAUCUGACUCCUAAUACCCUCCUUCCACACUUUGAAACCAGGACUGGCCUCCUCUGCCACUCCGAUACCAGGACCAAGAGGAGAACUUGGGGACCUACCGUUUCCAGUCAACCAACUCAGUGUAUUUCUCCAGAAUGUAUUGAGAAGUUCUUCUUUUGGACUAUGUUGAUAGGGACAAAGGUCAGAGAAGAGAAGAUACUGUACUCUAGUCAUAGGAGAAGGCUUGAGAACUGAGCUAUUGCUUGUGUGUGUGUGUGUGUGUGUGUGUGUGUGUGUGUGUGUGUGUGUGUGUGUGUGUGUGUGUGUGUGUGUGGGGCUUGUUGUUUUACCAAGUUAGAGACACCUUUCUAUUUUUAAAGAAAAAGAUGAAGAAAUGCUAUACCAGCUUUUUGAAAUGAUGAAGUGCAGAACUACUUGGUUUUGUUUGUGAAAUCCAUUUAAUUCCAAGGUGUAUUGCUCACGAGCAGUGUGAAUGUGAUGAUUAUGCUAUCUAUUGGAUGUUUCAUUCGACACGCUCUAGCGGUUCUGGGGGGAGGCCAGGGGGGGCCAGUGCCCCUGUGACAACAAUUUUGGACCCCCUUGUGGCCCCCCUAAAUGUGGAGUAUGAAAUAAGUUUUACAUAAGUAAUUUUUGCCAUCGUUCUUUUUUUAUAUCCGUUAUUAGACAGUGGCAACGCGGAACAGUAAUUUAACCCACACAUUUUCUAGAGGGACGGCUUUAGGCGGAACACAACAGUAUCGUACCACAUGCAAAACGAUAUGACAACAAUAACGUCUAAUGUAACUGGCCCCUCUAACAGUACAACUGGCCCCAGCUUGGCCCCCCCAGUUAAAAUGGUCUAGAACCGCCACUGUCGACACGCAAUAUCAAAUGGUCACUGUUUUCGACCCAAUAUGUUUGAUAAAAGCCCUCAAGACUCAAUGUAAACAUCUGUCUAUCAAAAAGAAUGCUUGAUGAAUCUGAUAAUUGCUGCAAUUGCAUGGCUGUCCUUAAGUGAACAACUUGACAUUGUCGCUCCCAACCCUCCGAGGAAGGAGUCAUUUAUUUAUUUUUGAAUUGUUCAACUGCAUUGUCAUCUUUACUGUCCUUUGUGUAGGGUAUUUAAUUUGUCUGAAUAUUUAGAAUAUUUAAUUUUUGCAUGUCUUUGUUAGCUGCUUCUACCACACCUCCUUCUGGGGAGUUGUUGAUUGUACACUUUUUCAGCAACACAACUUUGCACAUUGUGUUGUGGACUGUCAACCUCCAAAAAUCACACAUGUCAGCACAGACCCACAUCAUGUGUGCAUGAUGUGAACACGGUGAUACUGAAGUGUUCCUUAACUGAUUCCCCACCUUCCUCACAGUGAGGAGUUACUGGGUGGUUAUGACUUUACCUCCUGGCAUUUCAGCACAGCACUGACUUUAAAACUCAUAUUGUUUCCCAUCUGUUGUUUUUUUUGGAAUGUCUGUAUUUGUCUCCUUUUACUGACAAUAUUGCAGUUUGUAAAUAAUAGUUAUGCUAUAUCUAUCAUAUAAAUAGUAUAAAUACAAGUGAAGUUA